CAGGUCCGGGGCCGAGGUUCGGGGUCCUUCCCGGAUCCGUGCAGCGCGCUAAGAACGGAAAGCCGUUUUCUUCCGGUGAAGAAUUUUGAUCAGAAUUACUGGGAGAGGACAUGGCUGAUACUCCUAUACGAGGUCUCUUCAUAGAAGAACUUAAUAGAUACAGUCAGAAGAACAAUGUAAAUAUUAACUAUCGCGAACUGUCUAGGACAGGACCUCCACACGACUUAAGGUUUAAAUUUCAAGUUAUAAUAAAUGAGAAAGAAUAUCCAACAGCUGAAGGUAAAUCAAAGAAGGAAGCAAAAGAUGCUGCAGCCAAAUUAGCUGUCGAAAUACUUAAAGAAAAAGAGGGAGCUAGUUCUGUAUUAUCGUCGACAACAGAUACUUCAGAUGAUUUACCCAUGGGGAAUUACGUAGGCCAGAUUAAUAGGCUUACCCAAAAGGCAAAACUGUCUGUAAGUUAUCAACAACGUGAAUUGUGCACCGUUGGGCCCAAAAGAUUUUCUUGUAAAUGCGUAAUUGGACAGAAAGUAUACAGUAGUGCUGAAGGUCCUACUAAACAGAUGGCAAAACAAUUGGCUGCUAAAAUUGCUUUUGAGAAGAUACUAGCAGAAACUUACUCACUGAAAGAUGAUUUGGCUCUUCUUGCCUCCACCCCCGCUAGGCCCAGUGACUACAAAGGCAAGUCCUCAAGUACAGGUGGUUCUGAAUCACCCUUUGAAAAUGGCUUUUCAGAAAAUGGAUCAGAAAGAAAUGAUAGCAAUGGCAGCUUGAUCAGUACUUCUUCUCUGAGUGAUCUCAGAUACAGUUCGGGGAAGGGGAGAAGACCUAUAGCAGCCAAGUUUGACUCUCCUUACACAGGAAGAAAUAACUAUACUAUGAAUGAAAGGUUUAUCGAAGAUUUUUCCGAAAUAACACUGAUUGGCAAAGGUGGAUAUGGCCAUGUUUUCAAAGCAAAACACAGAAUUGAUGGGAAGACUUAUGUUAUUAAACGUGUUAAAUACGAUACAAAAAAUAAAGAAACGGUAGAGCGUGAAGUAACAGUUUUGGCAGCACUUGAUCAUCCAAAUAUUGUUCGCUACUCUAGUUGCUGGGAUGGACCUGAUGAUGCUGGGGAAAGCCAGAGAGACAGCUCCAAGUGCCUUUUCAUCCAAAUGGAGUUCUGUGAUAAAGGAACAUUGGAACAAUGGAUUGAUGAUAGAAGAGAGAAGGGCACAGACAAAGACUUGUCUUUGGAAUUAUUUGAGCAAAUAGUAGAAGGAGUGAAUUAUAUACAUUCAAAAGGCUUAAUUCAUAGAGAUCUUAAGCCAAGUAACAUAUUUUUAGUAGAUACAAAACAAAUAAAGAUUGGAGACUUUGGACUUGUAACAUUUCAGGAAUAUAAUGAAAAGAGGACGCGUGAUCGAGGAACUCCCCUGUACAUGAGCCCAGAACAGAUCUCUUCACCAAAAUAUGGCAAUGAAGUGGACAUCUUUGCUUUAGGGCUAAUUCUUGCAGAACUUCUGUACAUAUCUCCUACUCGUUUGGAAACAGGUAAGAUUUUCCAAGACCUAAGGAGUGGUGUUGUCCCAGAUGAAUUCGAUGACAAAGAAAAAAGUCUUCUCCAGAAAUUGUUGUCUGCUGAACCCAAGAAACGACCUAAGGCAUCUGAAAUACUGAAGACCGUGGAGAAGUGGAAGUCCGUGGGGGAGCAGAAGACCGUCGUCGGAGAGCGGCAGAUGCGGCAUACGUACUAGUGCCUUUCUGAAAAAGUGUCCUGCUCCCGAUGUUCGUUUUCCCUGCCACUGUCUGGAACCUGCUAGGGAUUAUUUUCCUUCUCCCUAAUUCUUUUUACUACAUUUGCAGAAAGUCUUGCACUUCUUAACUUCAAAAAUGUUUUCACAUUUGCCUUUUUCCCAGGUCAUCUCCUUAUUAUGAAGAUGGGCAAAAAAAAACCCUCAGUGUUUUAUAUCAAACAAUUGAUAAGUCUUUAUGAAAUGUCUGCUGUUUAUAGGCCCCCCCAAAAUAAGAUCUUCCCAUGUCUUAAAUAGGUAAUGAGAAUUUGGAGGAAAAUGGUAACCAUAACAAGAUAAGUUAUAAGCAGUCACUUUGGAAAAUUUGGUAACCUCUAAAGGUAAAUGUGUAUAUUCCAGAAUGGAAUUCCUACAUUCUGCCUAAAAGAAUGUUCAUAGAAUUCCUACAUUCUGCCUAAAAGAAUGUUCAUAGAAUUUCUGUUUGUAAAAGCCAAAGGAACAGAAAACCAUACAAGAGAAAAAUGGAUACAUACAUUGUAUUGUACUCACACUGGAAUACUAUAUAGCAGUGAAAAUGAACAAAGUACUGAGAAAUGUAUAACGUGAUACAUCUCUCAGGGAUAAUGUUAAGCAACAAAGCAGGUUGCAGAAAAUAUAUACAGAAUGAUUCAAUUUAUAUAAGGUUCCAGAACAUGCUUCAUGAAAUCAUUUUGUUUAGGAAUCCAGACAAAUGUGGUAAAAACAAUAAAGGGAAGGAAAUGUUGAAAAGGAAAUACCAAAUUCUGAUAGCAGUUGUCUCUGAGGAGGGAUGGGAGUUGUGUGAAUGGGGAAGUGGAUUUCAAAGCUACAGCUAACUUUUUUUCCUUAAACCAGGUGUUGAGUCUACUAGUGUUUACUACAGAAUUAUUCUUUUUAUAUCUUAAAUACGUUUUGUAUCUAUUCUAACAAACACUUCAAAGAGAUGGUAACUGUGGUGUAAGGCAAGCUAAGCACAGAAAAUUGUCAGUCUGGAGGGUUAAGAUCACUUUCUACUGAAGUAUAAUGGCACAGGGCUUCCAAGUGGCACUCUAGCAAGGGACUCAAGUGAGUGGAGAGGAGACCACCUGAGAAGUCUGGGCAAGGGGCACAGUGUAUUAGAUAACACAGAAUAAUCAUUCAUUUUAUUAGGUGUGAUAAUGAUAUUGUGGUCGUGAAGCACAGUGUCUCAUUCCUGGGCAAUGGGUGCAGGAGCAUCUAGGGCUGAUAUGGCAUCAUGUCUGCAACUUGCAAAUGCUCAGCAAAGAUCAGUGUGUACAUGAGAGAGAGAGAGCACAUGUGCUGAAAAGUUAGCAGUGGAACAACCGAUAAAUCUAGGUGGGUAUUGCAGAGGCUUUCUCACCAUAUUCCUUGAACUUCCCUGUAGGUUUGAAGUUUUCCGAAAGGAGAGUAAUCUUUUUUUUUAAAAACUAUCAUCUGGAUAUAAUGAAUAAGGCUAUCCUCAGAAGAAGGUAGCCUUAUUUUUACUUUCUCAUUUUAAUGUGUAGACUAUUAUGAAAUAAAUAUAGCAUCUCUUGCAAGCUUUUAUUUAUUUGUGAUUAUAUGUUUUCUCAGCCUCAAAAUUAUAACGAAUAAAAAGUAUAUUCUUAAUCAGAAGAAGAGAGAGGCAGGGGCCGGGGACCUUAUCUGCAAAUUAAAGUGCUCAUACACAUGCGGAGAUUUUGAAAGAUAUGCCUAUCUCUGUAUGAUGCAUAUGGAUAUUAUAUUUACCCCCUUUUAAAAAAUUUGCUGACAUUUUAAGGCAAAUUUAGGCAUUGUUUCACUUGUAAAUACUUAAAAAUGAUCUUUAUGUCUAACAGGUAAGAUCUUUUUUAAUAUUAACAAAACCAUAAUAUCAUUGUCACUCAACAAAAUUAAUGACACGUUUUAAAUUAUGUGAUAAUUCAGCUUGCAUUCCAUUUUUCUAUCUCAAAAAUACCUUCCCAUGGGCUGUUUCAAUCAGGAGCUCUUUCACCCUGUAACCCUAUUUACCCAUGUUUUUAGUGUCUGCCCUCCCGCCAUUUCUUUGAGGAAGGCACUGGGAUGUAUAUCAUGUGGAAUUUACUCCAUUCGGGAUAUGGCUUACGGUAUCCCCUCAGUGUCUGGUUAGAUCUAGAAUCUUCAUUGUGAUUCUGGUUUGGAACUUUUUUCCCCCAAGAAUACUUCAUAGGUGACGCUGUACACAUUACCCAGCGCCACUCAGAAGGAACCUGCUGUCUUGUUCCACCCGGGCUGACCUUCAGGUUGAUCGGGGGGUUGUGGCGGUGCCCUCUAGUUCAAGGCUUCCCAUCCAUCUUUCAGCUACAGGUUUCAGCAACCAUUGGUGAAUGUCCGGAUUCAUUGUUUUAUUAGGGGUUACAAAAUAGUGAUUUUAGGAUUCUAUCAGUCCUCUUGCGUUUAUCAUCUAUGGUUCUUCUAUGAAGAACUUUUUCUUCAGCCAAAUGGGAAAGAUGGGGUACAUAUUUAACUUGCUAAUUUUAGAAUGAGCCAGUGCCCUCGUAACCUCCAACGGUGACAAACGAGAUUUUUUAUCUUUAAGCAGGGCUGUGACCCAACUGCUGCUCUGAAGCAGUGUGUUUAGAAUGGGUUGGAGCAGGAAGAGGCCAUAUUUGAAAAGUCGGAGAAGCCUGCGAGGUUCAGAGGGACUGACUAAUAGAAGGGGACCAAACCAGGAGGACUUGGCAACUACUAAUGGGAUGUGAAGGGUUAGAAAGAGGUAAGCAUCAGAGGUUACCUCCAGGUUUGCUCGAAGGUGAGUGACAGGAAUAUGAUGCCCUUAAAGGAAAUACAGGUUUCCACCAAAUGAAUCCCCCUAAGAGCCAUAUGUAUUUGAGGGAUGUUUUUCUCACUUUUACCUACUACACAGUUUUUAAAAGAUUUUUAUUGAUUUCUUUAGAGGGGAAGGGCAGGGGAAACAUUGAUUUGCAAGAGAAAGAUGGUUUGGCUGCUUCUCUCACACGCCUCCAACCGGGGCCUGGCCCACAACCCAGGCCUGUGCCCUGACUAGGAAUCAAACCAGUGACCUUUCGUUUUGCAUCCUCAACCCACUGAGCCACACCAGUCAGGGCCUUAUUACACAGUUUUUAGUGAGUUAGAAUGUAAGCCAAUAGUGGGGCUACCAUGUAUCAAUCUACAUGGUGUGGAGCACAUUGGGAGGUAAAGUGUCAGAUAUCAUCUGGAGAUACGAAGUUUGGGGUGCUGCCAGAAUGUUCAGGUGAGGAUGUACAGCAAACUGUAGGAAACAGGAUGGGGACUCGGGGGGAUGGACUGGAAGCAUACACAGAAGUGAAGUGCGUGUUACUGAGAAGUAACCCCUGAUGCUUCUCUCUGAAUCCGAGAGAGAGACUCUAUAGGCAAGAGGGCAGAGGGACGAAGCUUGGCAGGCAGACGUCUCCAUGCAGACAUUUCCUCUUCCUGUCUCAUGCCAAUCCCGUCCUUAAGGCCUGUGAAUCUGUGAUGCUGACAUGUCCCAGCCUGGAGUUCCUCAGAGUGGUCUCAGAUGAAGGGCCUGUAGUAGAUAGCUGUCGAGUGGCCUAAAAAAUUAACUAAAAACUUGUGUAAUAGGUGAAAUUGUGAGGCAAAUAAAAUUGCUCUCAAGCCGUGGCUGGGUGACUUGGCUGGAUGAGUUGGGGAAUGUCAUCCUGUUCACCAAAAGGUUGAGGGUUCAAUUCCCAGUCAGGGCACGUACCUAGGUCACGGGUUUUGAUCCCCAGUUGGGGGUGCCUGUGAGUUGCAACUGAGUGAUAUUUCUCUCCCAUGUCAAUGUUUCUCUCCUCCACUUCUGCUCUCUCUAAUAAGUCAUUGGACAUAUCCUCAAGUGAGGAUUUAAAAAAAUCCCUUUCAAAUAUCUGUGGCUCUUUUGGAGUUAAUUUGAUUGGAACCUAUAUUACUUUCCUACAGCUGCUGUAACUCAGUGGCUUAAAACAAAACACAUUUAUUUUCUUAGUUCUUCAGGCCAGGAGUCUGAAACAAGUUUCACUGGGCUAAGGUCAAGGUGCUGGCAGGGCCGUGCUCCUCUGGAGGCUUCCGUUCCAUGACACGUGUUCAUCGUCCCCUGAAGCAGCCCGGCCACUCUGGUCGGCUCUGGGUUACCUGGGUAGGUUCUGCACUCAGUGGCUCUCUGCUAUGGUCUCUACCUGAAAUUCCCUUCACUUGUUUAAGUAGCAACUUGACUGAGAUGUAACUCACAUAUCCUAUGAUUCUCCCAUUUAAAGAAUAUAGUUCAGUGGUGUUUCAUAUAUUCAGAGUUGUGCAGUCAUGACUGCCAUCAUUUUUAAAACAUUUUUUGUCAGCCCCUAAAUGGACCCAUGUCCAUUAGCAGUCAUUCCUCAUCUUCCCCCAGUUGCAGUCACUGAUCUAUCUGUAUAGGUUUCUGCAUUCUGGACCUUCCGUGUAAAUGGAAUCGUACAGUAUGUGGUCCUCUUCACUUCGAGAAAUGUUUUUAAGGUUCACCCAGGUUGUAGCAUGGAUCGGUACUUCAUUCCCUUUGAUUGGCUCUGUCAUUUUAUUUACUCUCCAGUCCAUGGACAUUUGGGUUGUUCCUCUUUCCUGCUGUUAGGAACAAGGCUACUGUGAAUGUUCAGGUCAGUGACAUUUCCACUUCUCGGGAUCAUACACUUAAGAGAGCUAAUGCUGGGUCGCACUGUGACUUCUUCCUCAUUGUUUUGCGUUAUCAAAGUUACGUUUGGAACCCCAAUUCAGUGCUACUUCUGCGGCGUUCCCUCUCCCACGCAGAAUGAGGCCUCUCCCUAGUACUCCUGUUGUUUCGUACCUCAGUAUUGUUCUUGCCAGUCGGCCUCAGAACUCAGCUAUCCCUACAUACUGUGAAUUUCUGGAAAACAGGGAUAGGCAGUCUUAGCUUUGUAUACCCCAAGGCCGGGAGUGUACUGCCUUGCAUAAAGCAGAAACUUAGUGCUUCUGAGUUGGUGGGGACUAUUAAAGUGAAGGGAUUGAGCAGAAAAAAAAACCAAAGACAACAACAAAACAGACUCAGACACCAACAACAGUACAGUGAUUACGAAAGAAAGGGCGGGUGGGGAAGAGGGUACAGGGGUUAAAUGUGAUGGAAGGAAACUGGACUUGGGGUGGUGAGCACAGUACAGUCUGAUGAUGUAUUACAGAAUUGUGCACUUGAAACCUAUAUAAUUUUGUUAACCAACGGUACUCCAAUAAAUUUAGUAAAAAGACAAAAAAUAAAAUUAGGAAAAUGAAACAUUUUAGAAAUUGUAGAUAGGGCUUUGAAAAUAAACAGCACAAUAAAAGCAAAGGUACAUGACAUGAUAGUAAAAUUUACUUUGUUUCAAAUUUCACAUAAAUGUUCUAAAGAUAAUUUGAAAAUUCUCUCAAUGUUUUGCUUACCUCGGUUUUCAUUGUCUAGUUGUGAACUCAUAAAAGCCUCUAUGAAUAAAAAUAUCUUUACUCACA